AUGGACAAUGAUCCCGCCCUGCCGCAGGCCCAAGAAUGUGGCAACACCGAUUCGGGCCCUGAAAACUCGUUCAGCUUUACGCCGAUCAAGACCCUCCAGGCCUUGCCUCGUCUGUGGGACCGCAAACCCUCAACACCCUUCCGUGCGGGUCAGACCUCUCGAAAGCUGUGGAAGCGAUUUCGCUCCUUGACCGGCAUGGCUUCGGCCCAACAUUCGACGGCUGCAGACCAAGGCCCGCCAUCGAACAUCAAUGCCCCCGGUGCCCCAGAACAUCUGCGCGGUGUGAAGCGGCUCUGUGUGGACUUUAGUGAUGCGGAGGUCUCUACCGAUAGUGGGCUGCAGCAGCUUGGGCGGUCUUUUCUGGAGACCAAGUGGGAGUCGGGAGCAUCCCGGAAACGACGUAAAAUGCCUGAUGUUUACGAUGAAACUUUGCAAACCGGGACCUCAAGUCAGCCUGGGGACUCUGUCGAUGACGUUGGUGGAAACAAAAUAAGCAAUGAUCUCGACGUCAGCAACGAAAUGGCGAUUAGCGCAUCACCCAGACCGCUCCAUUUUCUGCAAGAACAUUCGAAGACGACUAUAUACAACGAUGGCUCAGACCUCGAAAACCAGGAGGCCACAGGCUUCGGCGCAAAAACACCAGAAGACCAAGAGUCUAGACCCGCAGACAAUGGACAGCGCGUGAUGAUCGACGCAGGAAAGGGUGAGAAGGGUGAAAUGGUGCCGGACACCAUGCAAGACCUGACGCAAGAGCAAGAGGGGACACUGGUGCGAUCGGCAUUGCGCAGCUCGCUGGAUGGAGAAGAUGCAGAGCUGCUCAAUGACUUCCUGUCCAAAGCAAAGGCCAAGCGCGCAGCCAAGGCGGCGCUAGUCAGUACUCAGGAUGCCCAAGAGGUCGAGAAAUCGUCCAGUCCAGAGGAGUCGCCAGAAUCAGAAUGCGCGACGCCGCGUUCGCGUCGUGCUCUGGAGGACCUGGACGCCAACUCGCCCUCGCCGGUCAAAGUGCCGGUCUCACCCGGGAAAGGUGGUCUCGCACCUGUUGCGGACGCUCAGGAAGAUGUUGUCAGCAAAGAUCCUCAGGAUGACGAGCCAGCCCCUGCAAGCCCUGCCUGUCGCCGAAGCACUCGGGCUAAAGCUCCCCCUUCCACAAAUGCCGCCCCUGGGCGCAAUACGAUUUCACUGCGCCGCGCCAAAGGGACAGAGUUUGUGUUUCUGCAACGGACUGAGGCUCAGGAGCUGGCUUUGGCUACGAAACGAAACACCCGACGCAACAAAGGGAACUCUAUCCUUCCCAAAUUCGUCCUCGAGAUCCUAGCUCAACAGUCGACUGAGAAAGACCCCUCUACAGAUAGCAGCGAACGCGCUGAUCGGUCAGACCGCAAGGGCCCCGGCAGCCGUCGACCGGCUGGACCGCGCAAGACAGUGUCGUGGAAUGAGGCGCGACUGGUCGAGUAUGAGGAUACACGACUGAACCCCGAAGAAGAAGAGGAGGGUGACAGCUGCAAGAGUGACGUCGGCGGAGCUUCUCGACUACGAUCUAGCGCGAAACGUUCGGACAAAAAGACGGCUAGUAGUCGCCGUUCACAAGAAACACGGGAUGCUGACAGUGGGGCCGGCGGCCUGACCGCCCCGGCUCCGACGCCCCCGCGUUCGCGACGAAUGCGCCACUUGGGUGACUCCGGCACGAUGGGCUCAGGUACCCCAGUGAAAACCGGUCGUGGCACAAGCAAGCCUCCUGCAGCCUCGGCUCCAGUGGCUGCUUCUGGGCCAUCCACCCCUACCAAGAGCCGUCGGAAGCUUGUGCCCAAGUCCCCCAGUUCGUCGCUCCUCCCCGCCCCCGCAUCGAAGGGUGACCAGCCCUUUGUGAGUAGCAUUCCCACUCGCAGUACGAAAAGUGCCGGGGAGAGCUCCAAGCGCAAGAGCAUGCUCCAGGUCAGCGCGGGGUCCACGCCCAUGCCUCGACGGGUUCGAGCCAGGUCGUAA